GGUGCUCCUGUAUCGACUCGUCACACCACAGUAAACUCACACACUUUACAACACUCCAUUUUCAACUCAAUACAAUGUCUGGCCGUGGAAAAGGUGGCAAGGGUCUCGGAAAGGGUGGUGCCAAGCGUCAUCGCAAGAUUCUUCGUGACAACAUCCAGGGUAUAACAAAGCCUGCUAUUCGUCGUCUUGCCCGUCGUGGUGGUGUCAAGCGUAUCUCUGGUCUUAUCUAUGAGGAGACCCGUGGUGUCCUCAAGAUCUUCCUUGAAAACGUCAUCCGUGACUCGGUAACAUACACUGAGCACGCAAAGCGGAAAACUGUCACUGCCCUUGAUGUGGUUUACGCUCUGAAGCGCUCAGGGCGUACUCUGUACGGUUUCGGAGCAUAGAUGUUGGAGGAUUUCGCCGCAGCUUGUUGUAUUGUAUAUGUACCAUUAUAAUCGUAUGUCCUUGUCUUAUGGAAGAUAUUUGAAACAUUCCGCUACUUCCACUGGGGGGAUACAGCAUGCAAUGGCUCGUCUAUAUUUCUGCUGCUUGCUCACUGCAUUUCCAUUUGCAUACUUA